GCUCCCGCCUUCGCCCGCUUCCGGUCGUCGUCGUCGUCGCCGCUGCUGCCGCUGCUGCUGCUGCUGAGGCUGCAGGCGGAGGCCGGAGGAUCGGGCGGCGGCGGCAGCGGCGGCUGAGAGGGCGGCGGCGGGAGCGAAGCGGGACGAAAGAGCGAAAGGAAGACUUAGAGGAACGAGCGGAGCGCGCUCAGCCCCGCCUGCUCUCCCGCGCGCCGGAGGAGCCGGAGAAGCCCGGGCCCCCAGCCGCCGCCGCCGCCGCCCGCCUGCCUGCCCGCCUGCCCGCCUGCCCGCCCGCCCGCCGGACAAAGCCCUAGAGCCCGCGCCCAGAGCCAUGUCCUCGUCCGCCGGCAGCGGCCACCAGCCCAGCCAGAGUCGCGCCAUACCCACCCGCACCGUUCCCAUCAGCGACGCCGCGCAGCUACCUCAUGACUAUUGCACCACGCCCGGGGGGACGCUCUUCUCCACCACACCGGGAGGAACCCGAAUCAUUUAUGAUCGAAAGUUUCUGUUGGAUCGUCGCAAUUCUCCCAUGGCUCAGACCCCACCCUGCCAUCUGCCCAAUAUCCCAGGAGUCACCAGCCCUGGCACCUUAAUUGAAGACUCCAAAGUAGAAGUAAACAAUUUGAACAACUUGAACAAUCAUGAUAGGAAGCAUGCAGUUGGGGAUGAUGCUCAGUUUGAGAUGGACAUCUAACUGUCCUGCAAGGAUCAGAAGAAUAGCAGCAACACUGAUUCCUGUGUAAACCUGAUUUGGCCAAUAGGAUCAACAAUGAAAACACAGAAGAGGCAAUACCAGCACUCCCCAAUGCAGUCUCCACCUCCUCCUCUUCCUCUGGGUGCCAAAUGAUGUGAAGAUGAGCUUCAUCUGACCAUUUCCUCUCCUUGUUUCCUGUUCCCCUUCCAAGUUAGAUUAGAUUGAAGGCCCAUGGCAUAUUUCUGUGGAAUUAAGCAGCCCACAAAGGAAAACAGUUGAAUUCUGGCUUCCCUAAGUCAUUUUCAUAUUUAGAAGCACCCCCCUCCCCCAUUUUUUUUUAAAAUCCCAAAUCAAAUAUCAACCUACCAACCAGUGCCAGCUGGGAAGUCUGGGGAAGUGUUACAGAGGUUUGGUGGAUUCAUUAUUGUUCGUGUUCUUACCCUGUGUCUCUUCUCCCUGUCUCCAGCCCAUGGUUCAGUGCUACAAGAGUCUAGGUUUGGGGCCUUUGAAACAAGAGGGAAAUAAACAAGAAGAGAGAUACUUUCCCUUGUACCCUGAGGUGUUCGCCCAUGGGGCUAGCACAGGUUGUACAGCUGUUGGUAGCACUACCCUGUGACACUGUUCGGAGGUCUGCUUCCCCUCCAUCUUCUGUCUUCAGCAUUAGAGUUCAUCUUCCCAUUCCUUUACUUAUCACAUGUGUGCAAACGAUUUUAAACUCUGUAAGAGAAGGGGGUUGUCAAUAACCAGCUGUUCUUUCCUCUUCUUCCAUUCCUCCCUGCUUGCAUCAUGUUGCUUGCAGUCCUAUUGUAUCCAGGUGAUUUUACUGCUCUCAGAGCAGGUCCAUACCAAGUGACAGGCAUUUUGGAUAAGGUCUGAUCAUAGAUAGUAUCCUGCGGAUGAUAC